GGACGACAUUUAUUUUCGAAAGGGGAGAGUGUGGUAGCUAGGGGAAAUAGUAAUAAAUAAAUAGUUUGGUAGUGACUGAAUAAUAUAUCGUUGUAUUAAUGUUGUCUGACAAUCAAUCAUUCGAUUGCUUCUGUCUUAGCUGAAGUGCUCACCUGAGUGGGGAGGAGGCGUGCUGCUUAAACAAUACACUGACAGUGGUGAAGCAGCAGCAGCUCCGUGUCACUUGUUUUUUUAUUUCACAUUUAUCUCCCCUCAUCAGAAAAAGAUGGCGGCUCAAAACAAAAGCCUGGCAGAUGAUAACUACAGAUACCUGAAGUCUUUCGAGGUGUUUCUGGAACGCUCAUCUCAACACCAGUGUAUGAGCAAGUUUGUCUGUGAAACGCUUUCAGAUAUCCUUAAUAUUGUUGGAGCAGGAAAAUCCACCCUGAAGGUGUUGGGAUUGGGAAGUGGAACAGGAGACAUCGAUCUGGAAAUCCUCACACAGUUGCUCGCUAAACAUCCUGAGGCCAGAGUGGAGAACGAGGUGGUGGAACCCAGCGAGCACAUGCUGUAUAAAUAUAAAGAUUUAGUAUCCAAGACUCCGGGCCUCGAUCUCAUCACCUUCAGGUGGAAUAAAAUGACAGCGUCUGAGUUUGAGAGCGACUGGAAGCAAAGAAACACCGACAAGCUGAAGUUCGACUUCAUCCACAUGAUUCAGAUGCUGUACUAUGUGAAAGAUCUGGAGGCGACAAUUUCCUUCUUUCGAAGUUUACUGCACAAAGAUGGCAGACUCCUCAUCAUCCUGGCGUCAGGACAAAGUGGGUUCAGCAAGUUAUGGAAAACCUUCCGAACUCAGCUGUGCAAGCCCGACAUCACUCAGUCUCUUACAGUCUGGGAUGUCAAGGACAUGCUGGAUACUAAAGGAAUCCCCUAUCAGAGCUACACCCUUUCAUCUCAGAUGGACAUCACAGACUGUUUCACAGCUGGAGAUGAGAAAGGGGAGCUGCUGCUGGACUUUCUGACUGAGGUACUGGAGUUCAGAAAGAAUGCUUCUCCAGAGCUAAAGGCCGGAGUUCUGGAGCUUCUCAAACACCCCGAAUGCAGCCAUGAGGUGGACGGUAGAAUCAUAUUCAACAACAACCUUGAGGCCUUAGUAAUCACCCAUAGAGCUGAAACAACAAUAUACAGCAAAGGGGUACUUAACUCUGAGUUAUCACUGUUUUAAACCCCAAACUUUUACCCCUUUAGAAAAGUUAAAGCAGGUUAGCAUCAUUUUUUUUAAUGUGCACUUCACAUUGCUCAAGCAAACGUGUACAAUGUGGAAUGUUCGAACCUUAAGACAAGAUGCUAAGCAACAGAAACCCAAACUAAAAUUGAACAGUGGAUGCUUCAUAUCAUUUGCUUUGUUUAGUCAAAUAAAAAUAUUAUUGUA